ACCUCAAUCACAUCCAUGGAAUUCUGCAACGUGCAAUCGCCGCACAGCCCGCAAACGAAAACAAAUCAAGCCUGUAAAUACGUUAUCAAACGCUUGCAGCAAAACCCCCGAGAAGGGAAGAAGACAGCUAAUCCGGCUUGUUAAUUGGUUUACAGCUCACGCGUGCAUUGGAAGCAAGCAAAGUGAGCACCAUCUGUUUUUGUCUGAAAGGGGCGUCUCAAGAGCUUCGCGGCGCGUCAAUAACAUCUAAAAACUGCCAAGCGCGCUAAGGCCUGAAAAGUUGCUCUCCGGCUCACAGCAUUGCCUCUGUGGAAGUGAAGCGUGCGUCUUUCUGCGGCAUUUCUUUGAACGCUCCACGGACGAGGAAACAAAACGGGAAAAGGGAGGUCAUCGCCAUGAGCUUCAGCACCGAGGCGAGAGGGCAACCCAACACGGUUGGCUACAGGCUCUUUUUUAAGAACGCAGAGGGCCAAUACAUAUCUCCCUUCCACGACAUCCCCGUCUUUGCAGAUGAAGCCCAGAACAUAUUUCACGCCGUGGUGGAGGUUCCCAGGUGGACCAACGCAAAGAUGGAGAUAGCCACCAAAGACGCUCUCAAUCCUCUGAAACAGGACGUCAAGAACGGGAAGCUUCGCUACGUGGCAAACGUGUUCCCGCACAAAGGCUACAUCUGGAAUUACGGAGCCAUCCCGCAGACAUGGGAGGACCCUCACCACCAAGACAGCGACACGAGUUGCUGCGGGGACAAUGACCCCAUUGACAUUUGCGACAUUGGGGACAAGGUGUGCGCCGCAGGGGAAGUGAUCAGAGUGAAGGUCCUGGGCACGCUGGCGCUCAUCGACGAGGGCGAAACCGACUGGAAGGUCGUCGUCAUCAACGCGGAUGACCCGGAGGCCGCAUUCUUUAACGACAUCGACGACGUGGCACGACUCAAGCCGGGCUACCUGGAGGCCACGCUGGACUGGUUCAAGCGAUAUAAAGUCCCCGACGGGAAAGCCGAAAAUCAAUUUGCCUUUAGCGGACACUUCAAGGGCAGGGACUUUGCCAUCGAGACGGUGAAGAGCACCCACCAGUUCUGGAAAGCCCUCAUCGCUCAGAAGACUGACGCCGGCGAGUUAAACUGCAUGAACACAAGCGUCUCUGAGAGUCCAUUUUGUUGCUCUGCCGAAGAUGCCGCCGCCGUGGUUGAUUCACGUUUGCAGGCUGGUCCUUUUGGAGCUGCGGAACCCAUUCCCACUUCUGGUGUGUAUCAAGUAAAAAUGUCCACUUUGUGCUGUUGAUUUCUGACACAAUACUGUGCUCUGGUUUUUACUUUUUUCAUUUAUUUGUUUCAGUCGACAAAUGGUUCUACUACGAUAAGUAAGGAUGGCGUGGAAGGGACAUCACUUUACAUUUUGUGGACAUUUCAUGCUUGUCAACAA